AUGGCAUCUGCAGUGUUUAUCCUCGAUCUGAAGGGGAAGGUCCUCAUUUCACGGAACUACCGAGGCGAUAUUCCAAUGAGCGCUGUCGAAAAGUUUAUGCCUUUGGUAUCCGAAGCUGAAGAUGAGCAGGUUCCCUUGCCUUGUUUCACACACGACGGCAUCAACUACUUGUACUUGAAGCACAGCAACCUCUAUCUACUUGCACUCUCGAGGAAGAAUACGAAUGCCGCUUCGAUCAUGCUCUAUCUCCACAAGUUGACACAAGUGUUCAGCGAGUACUUUAAGGAAUUGGAAGAGGAAUCCAUCCGUGACAAUUUCGUGAUUGUAUAUGAGCUGCUGGAUGAGAUGAUGGAUUUCGGAUACCCUCAAACGACCGAAACAAAGAUCUUACAAGAGUACAUCACUCAGGAUGCUUACAAGCUCGAAGUACAAGUACGACCUCCCAUGGCUGUGACCAAUGCAGUAUCCUGGCGGUCGGAGGGCAUCAAGUACAAGAAGAAUGAAGUAUUCUUGGAUGUGAUUGAGAGCGUGAAUCUCAUGGUGAAUGCGAGCGGCAACGUGUUACGAAGCGAGGUGUUGGGUGCUGUCAAAAUGCGGUGUUAUCUUUCUGGGAUGCCUGAAUUACGCCUGGGAUUGAAUGACAAGGUCAUGUUUGAGGCAACAGGACGAGGGAGCAAUUCAGCCAAAGCCAUUGAGAUGGAAGAUGUCAAGUUUCAUCAAUGUGUGCGUCUUUCGCGAUUUGAAAACGACCGAACUAUCAGCUUUAUACCACCCGAUGGCGACUUUGAACUCAUGAGCUAUCGAUUGCAGACCAGCGUCAAGCCUUUAAUUUGGGUCGAAGCCGUUGUGGAAACCUAUUCUGGAUCCCGUGUGGAGUAUCUCGUCAAAGCAAGAGCACAAUUCAAACGCAAAAGCACAGCCAAUAAUGUUGAAAUCGAAGUCCCUGUACCUGAUGAUGCUGAUACGCCAAAGUUUAAGAGUAGCAGCGGAUCUGUGUCGUACAAACCUGAACGAUCAUGCUUGGUAUGGAAGAUUAAGCAAUUUCAAGGCGGCAAGGAAUUCAUCAUGCGUGCUCAUUUUGGAUUGCCAUCUGUACAAGCUGCCGAAGAGACCGAGAAGAAACCUCCGAUCAACAUCAAAUUCGAGAUCCCCUAUUUUACCGUUUCAGGUAUCCAAGUACGAUAUCUCAAGAUUGUGGAAAAGAGUGGCUAUCAGGCUUUGCCUUGGGUAAGAUACAUUACACAAAAUGGAGAUUACCAGAUGAGAAUGCCAGAAAGCAUCAAGGCGAAUAAACGAAACAUCGAUUAUUGA